GUCGACGACCCGUAAUUGUCUUUCGUGAUCAAUUAGUACGAUAAGCUUUCAUGAGUGAAUAUGAAUCCGCGCAUCCGAUCUGUCUAAGAUGAUGGAAUCUUUAAAAAUUUUGCUUCUCUUCAGCUACAUCAGUUUCAUUUCUGUGCACAUUUCGUUAACCGAUCAUUUCGACGAAAAGUUAAAGCAGACAAAAGUUGAGAUAGCCAAGCUCUAUUUUCGAGAAGAACCACCAGUUCAUAAACACAUCUACGAUGUAAAAUGGGAUCAAUUAUGGUCAAAGAGGAUCUACAAAAAUCCACCUUUCAUAGCGAAUAUAUACGACAAGAUACUUCUAAUAGAAGCAAAUCGUUUCAUAGAAUUUUCACUUAAUUCUCCUUCUUCUAAUCAUACCUUGUCGCAAGGAAUAAUUCCAACUUCUAAUAAUGGUUCCAUUAAAUUUGUCAGGAGUAUCGUUUGGAAAAGUGUACUUUAUCUACUAAUUUGUUACGAAACUGGCUCGUGCAAUAUCUAUACAAAAAUAGAUAAUUUGCAAUUAAAAUAUCGGCAGACCAUUCGACAUAAAGGAUGUCCUACGGAUGCCAAUUUCUUCGUUCGUUCCAAUCGACUUUAUCUGGUAGUAGCCGAUAACAUUGGCCAAUUUUCCGUACCUUCUUUAAUAUAUCAUUGGAGAGAAACGUAUAUGGAUAUAAUAAAGGAAGUGAUGACCAUCGCCGCGAUAUCGGUCACUACGUUCAAAUAUAAGCAAUCGACGAUUAUAAUAUUCGCACAGAAUAAUAGAGAUGCAUCCGGAAUCGGUUCCAUGGUGUACGAGUUUAAGGAUACUAGCCUGGAUACUAUACAAUUUUUGGAAACUUCCAAUCCGAUUUCUGUUCAUCAUUACAAACAUGCGAACUUUAAUUUCAUUUUGCUAAUAAACGAAUAUACACCGAGCAACUUGCUUUGGUGGGAUGGACACGAACUAUUAAGCUGGCAACAGUUGCCAGAAAUAAGAACACUCAGUUUAGUCAGCAUAGUAAACAUCAAUGAUGACACCUUUUUCUUUGUAGCAUAUGAUAACAUCUUGCAACUGUACAAGUUUGAAAAUGCAUCGGAUUAUAUCUUAAUACACACUAUGAAGCCAACCGAUGGAAUUCUGAUUGAUAUACGAACUCAAAUCGACAAGUCCACGAUAAUUAUGGUGCUGGUUGUUAUUAACUCGGAUAAAACUUAUAGCGUAGAAUCGUGGAAGUUACGCAUCGAAGAAAUUCCCUCUGAAAAUUCGAUAAAGGAAAGUGAUACUUUAUCGAAAAAUUUGGCGGAACUGGUUGAGAUAUUGCUACAAAGAGAACUUUUCGUGGAAGAAGCUGAGUCUUUAUGGCCCCUUUUGCAACCAGUACACGAGAACUUAACGAUAUCGGAAUCUUUCGUUUUGCCAAAUUUAAUAUUAGAUGCAGGAACUGUAAAUAACAUCGACAUCUUCGCAGACGAAGACAUCGUUGCGCCUCGCGUGAUGGAACGACGCUUAGAAAAUUUAAUCCACGAAAUUGAUGAUGUUUUAUCAUCUAACGAAUAUUUAACGAUGAACAACACGAAUUCUAUAAAUGCAGAUAUUCUUGUCGAUGGAAAUGCAUUCAUCGAACAAUUGCAGAUUGAUAGAAUGAUUGUAGAUUUUCUUAAUGAUGUUAAUAUGCAUUCGAACAAUAAUUCGGAUAAGAUACAAGAAUUUUCGCAGGAAAGAAAUAUCACUGUAAACGAUCUUAAAGUAGAUUCCAUUUGUGGAAUCCCAUAUCAAUAUUGGGCUUUAACCAAUGAUACAUCGAAAAUGAACAUAAAUAUAGAGAAAGAUGAAAUUGAAUUUUCAAACAACAUCAUAUAUUUAAAUUCAAAUAUAUCUUUAAGGAAUUUAAACGUAAAAAUGUUAAACGGCAUAAAUAUCAAUGAUCUCUUCAAUGAAUUAUUUAUCAUUAACCGUAAUCAGAGAAUUGAAGGAAAUGUUACCUUCAAUAAUACGUUAAACAUCUACAAUUUUACGACACAAAUGUUAAAUGGAAAACCAUGGAAUAACUAUAUGAACACAAAAACCAAUCAAACUUUUGAUAACUUUACCAUGAGAAAGCUUCAAGUAGAAAAUUUAUAUACCGAUUCGAUAAAUGGUGUUCCGGUUUCAGAAGCAGCGCGAGUAUCUACCGUCAACGUAAUCAAAGGGAAGACGAAAAUUGCGAAAUUACACGUAACAAAGGAACUUAUAGUUGAUUCAAACAUUAACUCACCGAUAAGUCCGUCACAUCAAAUUUACUCUAAUGUCACUAUUCAUGGUAACUUGAAGAUUGGAACAUUAGAUCUAGACAAGUACACAAAAAUCUUUCUAAAUAAUGAAGAAAUAGAUCUAACUAAUGUCUUUGGUACCUUUUGGACGAAAUCGACUGAUCAAAUAAUCGAAAAUGAUGUCAUUUUUGAAAAUAAUUUAACUAUAGAUCGUUUGAAUGCAAAAUACAUAAAUGGAUUUUCUGAAGAUGAAUUUUUGUACACUACUACAAGUAUUAUUCCAGAACAUUUUAAAGGGAUACAUUUUGAAAAUGUUCACGUAGACGAUAUGUUUUUCACCGAAGAAGGGGGCGAUAAUCUUUUUGAAAUCGCUCCAGAAUCAGUCACCAUUCGAGAAAGAUUGCACCUAAAGCAUCUACGUGGAAACCAAUUACUGAUUGGCGUCUUUAAUGGCCUCCUAGUAGCUGACAUUUUAAACGGAAAGGAGCCAUAUAUUUUUCCAGACGAUAUGAAUUUCUUGACAAUUCAGACUAAACAAAUAAACAUAGACGAGCUUAAUUUCCCUUUCUUCUUACAGAAUGCAAGAAAUGUUAGCAAAGGUCAGGGAACGAAGUUCAUAAAGACUCCAGAAUUUCAUGUAGAAAAUCUUUAUGUUGAAAAGAUUAACGGUCUUGAAAUGAAGAAACUUUUAUCGUUAAAAGAUACGAAAAUACCUGACAUAAAAGAUUUGGUAAUAAAUGGUAAUCUAACGGUUAAAGAUGAUUUAAAAGUAGCUCAAAUUGGUGAUCAGCCAUCGAUGAACUAUUUAAGGAAUAUCCGUAAAAAAAAUGUGUUUAAUAAUAAAAAUACGAUAAUAUUCCAAGAAUUAACUGUACGGAAUAUUACGUUGAAAUUUCUGCAUGGUCAUGACGUGAACGAUAUUUUCGAAGGUUUUCUUUCAAAGUCUAGAGAACAAAAUAUAUCUGGCAACUUCACUUUUUACAAUGUUACAACUGAUAACAUUAAAACUAGCUUCAUCAAUAAUCAGAAUAUCUCUAAGUUGACAUGGAUCGACAAGCCUCUAUUUCUAAUAAAGGAUAUUAAAUUUGAUGAUUUAUUUGUAGAAGGGGAUGCUAUAACAAAGACUUUAAACAAUCUCGAUGUUAACGAGUUGUACGAGAGCAUGCUUAACAUACCAGUAUCAAGAAUUAUUGAUUUAAAAGUAAACGGGAACAUUUCUUGGGAUUUUCCCUCGACAAGUUCUGCUUCUUUGACAUCGUUAUUCGAAAACGCGGUAACUACAACUACAAAUCAAACUAUUCACGGUGGCACCAUUUUUCAGGAAAAUAUAUCAGCAUCUACAAUUGCGGGGAAAUGUAAAGAAAUCGACGAAAUAAGUGAUAUCAUUGUAGAUGCUGUGAUAGACGAUGAAGACAUCGAAAUAAUUGGCCAAAAGAUUUUUAAAGAUAAUCUGGAUAUCGAUACUAUUUCAAUGACCGAUGAUAUCGAUAUUCCUAUGAUUAAUAAUAUCAAUAUUUUCGAAUUUAAUAAUUCUGUAGCGAGGAAAAGUAAAAAAGAAGUAAUAACUGGAACUAUAACAUUCCUCGAUGAUGUAGCGAUCGAUCAAAUCCUUGUUGAUGAUGACGUUCAUAAUGUUCCUUUGAAUGGGGUAGCUCUGGUGACUGAUAAAUUACCUACGUAUACAUCUUUGAAAGAUCUUGUUAUAUUGGAGGAUAUACAUUUAAAGAAUUUAGAUGAAGUAAAUUUUGAUGAAUUUUUAAAAGAUCGUGUAACCAUCGAUGGAGAACACGAAAUACUUGCUAACGUACAAUUUGAUGACACUGUUGAAAUAACAGGGAACACGAAUCUCUCGCGAAUUAAUGGCAUCUAUCCCUCCGAUUUGGUUCUGAAUGAAAGAAAGGAAACACAAGUGGUAUCUGGUUCAAAGGUCUUUGAAGAAAACGUCAUAAUAAAUGGAAAUAUUUACACGUCGUUCAUUAAUGAAGUAAACGUAUCGUUAGAAUACUCUAAUGGUAUACAAAACGACGAAGACGUGGAAAUCAUAGGAGACUUGAUUUUCGAGUCGAAAGUGAAGGUUCCAGAAAAUGUGUUUGUUUCGAACUUAAUGAAUGGAAUAAAUUUAAAUACUAUUUUCUACGAUUUACAACAAGAGACACGUCGGAACCUCCACAUGUUCACGCAGAAUGAAUCUGAGAUAGAGAAGAACAUUGUUCGAUCUACUUCGAUUUCUGAAAAUCUCGGCAAUGUUUUCUUGUAUUUGGAGCAGACAGAUGAAAAGUUGAAAAUUCAGGCACCCAACAUCAAGAAGAUCGAUGUUGUUUAUUACGAAAAGAUCACAAAGCUGAAUAUGUUUGGAGAAGAACCAGGAUCUCUUUGCGGACUUCCAGAUAAUUGUUCUUGCCCCACUGAAUAUAUGGCUGAGCUCACCGAAAACGAUUGUUACGUGCAAAGAAUAAAUAAUAAUAAAAUAAUACGAAAUUAUCACGAAUUUCACAGUACAUUUGGUAUAAAUGUAGUAUCAAACACAAUAUCAUAUAGCCGUGAAUGUACUUCAAACAAUAGCAAAAACGAAUUCAUCAUGAUUUCUUGGAUUAAAUCUGAACUGAUCGGUACAGAAGAAACGUUAGCUAAUAUAAAGGAAACGUCUUUAAAAAUUCGAGGUUACAUAAAGGACGCAAAGGUUUUCACGACACAUGAUAAUGCAGCUUUCGUAGUAUUGGCAGUGUAUUAUGAUACACUACUCGCAACACAUCACACAAAUUCUGUAAUUUACAAGAUUGAUUUUGAGAACAAUAAUUUAUCGUUGUACCAGAAUAUAUCCACCGAUGGAGCUUGGGCUAUCGACAUUUUCAAAGCAAAUCAUCGCGACAUAUAUCUGCUGCUCGGUUGCUUCGGAAAUUCUGAGAAAUCGUAUCUGUAUAAAUUGGACACUAUUACCUCCAAAUUUAUUAUAAUAAGAAGCUUUGAAGGUAAAACGCACAAUGUGAAAAGUCUCAUCCAAGAACAAGAUUGUUUCGUUUUGGUAGACGAUUUUGAAACGAAUGCGAUAAAUAUUUUUUAUUAUGAUCCAGAAUUUGAUAAUUUUUAUGACUAUCAAAGUCUAUUUCAUGAUUCGCGAAUCCAUGGAGUGGAAUGUUUCUAUACAGAUGAUUUUGGGAAGAGCGACUCCUUUAUCAUCGUUACGACGGAGAACGAUCAGUUUUACAUUUACGAAUAUAUGUAUGCUCAGAAGUUUCAAUUGAAAAUACACCACCGUAUAGAUGAUUUACAAACGAUGGUGCCAUUCUAUCAUUUAGAAAAUUACUAUAUUUUUAAGGGUACAAGCACGAAUAGCACGACAUUGAAAAUAAUAAAGCAGGGACCCUAAUAAUAUUUUACAAAAACUUUAGUAUAUUAAUUUAUUUACCGUUAUCGAUGUAUUAUCUAUAAACUAAUGUACACACACACACAUACAUGGUAUGCAAUGUAGUGUAAAAUAAAUUAGAACAUAUAUAUAUAUAUAUAUAUAUAUAUAUAUAUAUAUAUGCAUAUAUAUAUAUGUACAUUUAUAACAUAAAUCUGUAAUUAUAUGCAUCAAAGUAUUAAUAUAUUUCUAGUAUUUAAUAUGUA